CGUGCCAAGAUACCUGUUUGGGUCUGCACAGGCGAUAAAACAGAGACAGCGGUGGCUGUCGCUCGUAGUUGCGGCAUUGUCGAAGCUGAUUGGGAAGGGGUUUUUCUGACCAGUGGGGCGGAUAUAGAAAGCGAUACAUGCAAUACGGUAGUAUCAAAGGAUCGUAAUGAUCCUGAUCGAGACCGUUUUGCUGUGAUAACCGGAGACCUUUUUGCGGACAUAAUCGCAGGAAGAGUAGAACGCCGUGCUGAUCCCAAUAUGAAGACCACAGAGUCGGAACAAGGGGAAGACCACGAGGUAGAAGACCAAGCCUCUACCACCGUUCGCGCUGUGAAAAACCUGAAAGAUUGUUUGCGAUCGUGCAGCUCAGUAAUUUGCUGUCGUGUGUCGCCGAGCCAGAAGCGCGACUUGGUCCGAUUCCUAGAGAGGGAUCUCGACUCACGGCCUCCUUUGUCGAUCUCGUAUCCGAAUGCGAAGCAAAGGAGGAGAACAAAUUUUGUGCUCGCUAUUGGGGACGGGGCAAACGAUUGCGGCAUGCUGCGCGAGGCUACUGUUAGUGUGGGCCUCUUUGGGAAAGAGGGGUCAACGGCCGCACGACUGGGAGAUUUCGCGGUUGGACAUUUUGCCUGUCUUCAACGACUUAUCUUCGUGCAUGGACGUGAGGCGCAUCGGAAAAAUACCGUCUUGCUCGUAUACAUUAUGGCCAUUGGAAGUUAUCCGCAGUAAAUAGUACAAUAGUACUAGUACAGUAAAGAGUACAUAGUAUAGUAUAAAUAGUAAAUAAAAAUAGUACAACUGUUAGUUGUUGUAGUGAGUAGAUCCUUUCCUUUCGUUUCUUUCCUUCAACGUUUACCUCUUUUCUAAGUACUACCAUCUAUCCUGACUCGAUCCCAUACCAUUCAUCCACACUCCCUCGAAUUACUAUUCAUUCUGACUCUCUCAUACCAUUGGUUUACAAAAACGCGGUUUGUACGUUGCCAUUCGUUUUUUAUGGCCUUUUCUCGUGUCGUGGGGAGGGUGUGCAGUACGUCCCGCCACUCCUGUAUGCGCUCUACAAUUGCGUCUACGCGUGCUUUCCCAUCCUCUUCUACUGCGUUUUCGAUCGAGGCGCAGACAGCCUAGACACGCUGGUGACACAGAAUGCACAGAGUUACGAACAGUGCCGAACGCCGGAGGCUGCUGGAAGGGCGGAGUCUCGUCCUGAAGAGGCUCGUGGCUCUGCUAGUACAUGUUCGAUUGACCAGGGUACAUCGACAAGAGCACUCGAUGACAACCUAAAGAACAAGCGUGAUCUGUUCGCAGCUGAUCCACCCUGCACAGGUUACUUAAAUCCGGGUCGAGUCGGUCGGUCGCUUCUUCUAGGAUGCUAUCAUGCUCUUCUGGUGCAUGUCUUCGCUUUUGACAGCUCACUGCUUGACUCGCCUAGCUUGCACCUAACAGAGCGCGCCUUAUUUGCAUACUUUCUGAUGAUCCUGGUUGCGAAUGCAGAACUCUUGUGGCAGCUCUCGCGGAUCGAGCUGGCAACGAUUAUCGGUGUAGCAGUAGGCACACUGUUGUACCUUCCAGCGACACUCCUCGCCACUACACGGACUGCAAACCAAUGGGAUUAUUUUGGAAUGCACGUUGCUGCGGGAACAAGUAGUACAACUACAACGAGGACGAGCUAUUCCCGUCACCACGGCACAAGUGAGGCGCAGUCAUUUUUACAAAGCAGGACAUCAAGUGCAGAAGAGCUCCAACAGGGUAUUCGUGUUGAAGUCGAAAUGGCGCCUUUUCCUGCCUUAUCAUCUGGGACGACUCAAAGUCGAAAUUUCUACAACAAGAUUUUGCGAGAGGUUGAGUCCGCUGAUGCAAGGAGAUUACUUUUUGGGGAUGAACGUGACACGCACCAACUUCUUCUCUCAACUUUGCUUUGCCUUGUGUUAGCGUUACUACCUGGUAUGUGCGGGCUUUCUCAUCAUAAAAUGUACUCAUCUGCUUUGUUGUAAAUUGGAAUUUGGAAUGAUCAUAUUUUGACUCCAUUAUCAAAGACAACUAGGGAGUACUUCAAAAUCCACAUACUUAAUGAUUCAGGGACCACACACAAUUGGCAAGAUGCUGCUCCUCUGCAAGGCCAAGGAUCCUCCGAUGAUCUGCGAGUGCUCUGAAAGAUGUCACUACCCUGCCACAGACAUCACGGUUCCAAGAAAUUCUCCGGAUCCGUGUAUAACGAACGCAGAUCAACAAGAAAGAACCAAGUAGAGGACAAUAAAGGAAUUCAUAACCCUCUCUGCUGUGAUAGUACCAUGUUAUUUUUGCGGCACAACGACGUAGUGAUUUCUUUCCCUGCUUGGAG